GAAGAACAAUUGUCUCUGCUACUACAAGGACAAAACUCCGAUCGGCCCUCGCCGCGGUGGAGGAGGCAACCGAAACGGCAACUCGAACACAGGCAAGUAACAGGCUGCCGAUACCGAAUGGCUUCUACGACUCGGUGCUCAACGCGAAGUGGAGUCACGUCUUGGAGUUUCCCGAGGGCGAGGGGGAAGAAAUGGAGGUGCGAAUGGAGGUGAAGGAGGGCCAACGGCCAACUCAGUUGUGGCAAUACACGCGGAAGGGCGCAAGGCUUUUACCGGCGGGCGGUGCACAGCAGUUUCGUGCACCGCGUCCCAGGCUGAUUGUGCUAACCUCUGAGAUGGGCUGGCCGUACUCGCUAAGGCAGGGACAAACUAUUACCGACUGCUACGUCACCCGUGAGGUGCAGCGGGUGUGGCGAAUUGUCAAAGGCGAUUUAGACGGAGAGUUCGGCUCUAGAGGUCUACAGUAUUUUGACUUGAGGCGGCGUCUCUUGCUUGGGACGCCCGGGAUCGGGAAAUCGAUGGCUGCCGGCUCUUACCUGCUCCACCAGAUGCUGCGCCACAGUGAUACUAAACUCCAGGUAGUUGUCUACUGCUUUGGCGCAGGGCUGGCGUACGUGUUUGACAAGACGAACAAAACGCUGGUGGAAUACGUAGAUAAAAAGGAAAUUAUCAUUAUAAUUAAAGUUUUGGCUGCGCGUGGGAUAAAAGGGUAUAUUAUCUACGAUGUGCCUGAAAAAGGUCAUGGACCACCGGAUAGGUUUCCAUCGCCGGCAACGUGGGGCUUCAUUCUGUUGUCGUCCCCGAACGAAGAUAACUUCAAAUCAUGGGCGAAGCAAAGGGAUGCUGUCCUUAUCGUUAUGAAUUGCCCGGACGAGAAUGACGUGAAGGCGAUGUGCGUCUGGGAGACGCGCAAUAAGUCUGCGCAGGUCCAAAAGAUGUACUGGGAGAAGAUAAAAAAACGCAUGUGUUACGUGGGACCAAUCCCACGAUGCAUUUUUGAUGACAGUAAGUAUGACACACGCCUGACCCUGACUAAGCAGGUCGUGGGAGGGAUCAACGCUUCGAAUGCUCAUAAUUACGGUUUUAUUGUAGGCACGGCAAUGUGGACUGCGAAUGACGCGUCUAGCAAGCUGGUGAAAGCUGUCCGAAUCAAUGGAGUGGGCGCUGACGAGACGUUUGUGAACCUGCCGGUUUGUUCACGCCUCGGGCACCAACGAAUCAUAAAGUUGACAGGUGUAGGCAAGCAGAAUAAUAUUUUGUAUCAUUUAUUGAGGCUGAGGGGUUUGCUUUUGUCGGAAGGUCUGGAAGUGUAUGGUGUGCACGCAUUCACGGACAGGGGCUUUGUGGAUAAUAUAAAAGGAAGACUUAAAGAGCUGAAGCCACCAACAAGGCGCCCGGGACGUCCAUGUGUGCUGCAAUCGCACCCUGAAACGCAUCCAGAAGUGUCAGUUUUAUUGACGCUACUGGAAUACAAACCCCCGAAGAUUGAUGUGGAUUAUGGGGUGUUGUACGUACCCGACGCGCAAAGCUUUCCGCUGAUAGACGGCUUUUUCUUCGUGGACACACCGCGGAAGACGAUGGUUGGGCUGCAGACGACAGUGAGGGGUGCGCAUCACACCCAACCCAGCAAAGUAAAGCAGUUCAUGGAGCGUAUGGCAGAGUAUUUUAGAGGCUGGGAAACUUUUGCCGCAGACUUGUCGUGGGAGAUUAUUUACGGGCAGCAUCGAGGGAGUCGGGCAGCAACGACGUGGCAGAAAUGCGAGAAUUCCCCGAAUGCGGGCGUCAAAGCAAAGAAGCGACACAGAGGAGUAGCAGGGGAUAAAAAGAAGGCGGGAGCGAAAGCGAAGGAGGACCAGGAGGCUGCAAACUACUGGAAAGAAAAUGUAUAUCAAUACCGGGUGGCGAUAUCAGCUGAAGAUGUGCGGCCUGAAAAUAAUGCCCAAAGUCGGCGACAACCAGCGAGAGAAAGAAAGAAUACUAAAAAGGCACAACGUCAGCAAAUAGCAACAACAAAAGGAACUAAAAAUAAGAAAUAG